AUGUCUCAGCAAUACACCAAGGCCGAGGUCGCCCAGCACAAGGACGAGAAGUCCAUGUUCAUCAUUGUCGACGACGGUGUCUACGAUAUUGCCGGCUUCCUCGACGACCACCCGGGCGGCGCCAAGAUCCUCAAGCGCAUGGCCGGCAAGGACGCCACCAAGCAGUUCUGGAAGUACCACGGCAAGAGCGUGCUCGAGAAGUACGGCCCCAAGCUCAAGGUCGGCACGCUCAAGGAGGAGGCCAAGCUUUAA